AUGGCAGCUAACGACACGCAGAACCCCAAUCUGGGCGAUGAGCCCUACCGCGAACAGGUUAUGAUACGCCCAAGUGCUACCGCUAGCGCUACAGCUACGCAUGAAGAUGAUCGAGGUGGAAGACCCCUGGUGAAUGGGGUCCCGAAUCCCCUGAGGGGAUCGCAAGACAUUGAUGGAGAAGUUUUACUGGUGGCCGAUGCUUCGAGGGGACCGACUGGAACUGCGAGUGUGUACCGCCAAGCUGGCGACUUAGGACUGGCGACCGAGGAAGUUGCUGGCCCGGGUGCUAGAGCUGGGAGUGGAAGAGAGGGACCUCAAGAUCCCCGCAAUCCGCGGGCUACUUCCUCCUUCCUGGGUGCGGUAACGGGAGACUUGCAAACAGCGGGCCAUACUUCGACGAUGACACCGCAACCGGCAGCUUCGACAUCUCCACCGGUGAAUGUGAUCACUGGAAUGUUACGGGCGGUGCAGACACUGCCGACGACGGUGGAGAACCUUGUGGCGCGGACGGCAUCGGUUCGUUCGGCUUCUGGAACACCGGAGUACCAUGAUAGCGUGGAGUACGCCUCUGUGCGAACCUCGCCGGAUCGACCACCGGCGCCCCCCAGUUGGGACCAGGCGAACGAACCUCCGCUACUGGACCCCCAAGCUUUGCAGCAGAUCCAGCACAUCACGGCCAGAGCUCCGUUGCUCUACCCUGCGGCUUCUGUGGAGUAUACUGGAUACCCGGGCCCUCAAGGCCCACCGUCUACAUCUUCGAGUGAGCUGCAGGCCGAGGUUCGGAGGCAGCUUACAGAACUGAUGGCAGUUCGUGAUGAGGAGAGCCGUUUGGGAUCUCUGAUUGGCCAAGUGCGGCCGGACCGCGCCCUGGAUUUGGGUGCCCGGCAACUCUGGAUGGAGCACCAGGCCGUGCGUCAGGCGCAUGGCCUCGAGCGGCUUACUGCCGGCCGAGAAAGGCCACCGGAGGAGAGUUCCGUCCCGGGUCCAAGCGGACCGUCCAAGGAUGCUGUUGAUCCAAUGAGUGUUGUGUUAACGGGGAUGGCACAGUUGCAGUCACUUUGCAGACUGGUUGCAUGCGUCCGGCCCGCGCUUGCGGACAUUUCAGAUACCUCGGAAACCCUGUGGGCGAAAACGGUUGAAGAGGCCCAGGAUUGGUAUUCCCGAUACCUAAAGCUGGAACCCUUAGCCCGACUCACGGCUAAGCCUGUGCCAUCUGAGGAGUUAUUGCAGCCAAAAUGGACCCGAGUGGCCCGCAGGAUCGAGACGAUGAUUCUUGCGGCCUCACCGCAGACUAUCAAGGACGAGCUGAGUGCUGCCAGAGUCUCGGGGCUUUUGCCUUUACUAUGUCGAUUAUUCAUAAUCUACGGGCCUGGCAGCAUCACCGAGCGCGAACUAGGGCUCAAGAAUAUCACCGAACCAGCGGCAGGCGUAGCAAUCCAGGACACAAUCGAAGGGCUGCGCCGCUGGCAGCGGUGGUGUAGCCGUAUGUCAGAACUCGGCGGUGUGUUACCUGACAGUUCCCUUCAGGUACGAGCGCUCACUCGUAUCACGAGAGCAGUGCUCCACCAGAACCCGGAGGUUGCGUUCCGUGUAAACCUGGCCAGAGCUGAACUUCAGAUUGACUUGACGCCUGAUAAUGAGAAGGUUCGGAAACUGCAUGCGCAGUUGUUGGGGGAACUAGAGGCUAUGACUCAUAGAGGGGACAGGGACAAGGGUAACCGGGAUGUUCCGACCAACCCACCUGCCCCGAAGAUCAAGGGUGUAGAAGCACCUACCCCGGCGCCUCCUCCCCCCAAGGGACCUAAGCCUCCUAAGGUAACCCCUAAGGCCACUGGUGUUCCAAAGCAAGCAUCGGCUCAGGAAGCACCGACCCAGCAAAGGCAGUCUUGCACGUUCUUCUCAGGACCGAAUGGGUGCAAGAAGGGUGCCGAUUGCACAUACGACCACAACUGGGCCGCGUUUUCUCCUGCAGAGAAGGCCGCGAGAUGUAAGAAUUGUGGGGGUAAGUCUCAUAAGGCAGCAGACUGUCGUGCCGGCGCAAGGGUGGAUGAGCCAAAGGCUAAGGGUAGGCCUAACAAACCGGGCUCCCAACCGAAGUUUCCUUCUGAUGUUCCCGCUCCGCCCGUACCGCCAUCUGCUUCUUCAUCUGAGACUAGCAAUCAACACAUAAAGAGCUUGCUUGCUGAUGCAGCUUUGAUACUCCAACAAACUCUGCCUGGAGCCAACCCUCAAGCCACUGACCAAUCGCCCAUGACUAAUGCUACUCCGAUGGCACCUUCCCCGGCAGCGAACCCUCCUAAGGCUGUUCCUGCUGCGGUGCAGGGUACUCCGGUGACCCUUGCUUCCCUGAGUGCACAAUUGGACCAGUUGAGAUCCCUGGCACGUGAUCCGGAAGUCAGGACCUGUCAUUUGGAAUCUGAGGGAGUCCCGGUGAGCUGGGAACCCUGUGGACACAGUGUCCCUUCGGUUUCGCUGGCACAAUUGGGGGAGCAGCUUAGGCUUCUUCGGGAUUUGGCUGAGCGUCUUGAGGUUAAGGUCUGUAAGGACACGGGUGAAAGGGGAUCGGCCUCCGGAGCGUUGUUGGAUAGUGGGGCAACGCAUGCGGUCAUUGCAUAUGAUUCGAACCUUCGGAACCUAGAAAGGGUACCAGUCACGUUGGCAGGUGACGCCAAACAGGAUUGGUGGAAAACCAGGGGAGGCACUCUGGUAGUCCCCCCCAAUCAGGACCAAGGAUCAGGCAAACCUGUGCAGACCAUCCUCCCUCUUGGAGCCCUUGUCGAGUCUUUAGGCUGUCAGGUGCAAUGGACUAAAAGGAAGGGUUUGAGAGUUACCCACCCGACACUAGGAGUUUUGGCCACGGGAAUUUCCUCGAACACGUGUCCCUAUGUGCAAGAGGAACAGGCUCUUAAACUAAUAGCCGAGCUUGAGUCGCAAAGGUUGGAAGGUUUCAAGCAGGAGGUCCAGAAUCUGGAGUGUCAACUUGAGGCUCUUGAAGGCCCGACCGAUGCCACGGAAACGUUGCGCUCGUUUGCCCGUACUGGGUGCCGCGGGAAUGCUCUGAAGGCAAUCCUCGCCCAACCCUACCUGACCUCCCUGCCGAAUGCUGUGUUGGUGAACCUGGCUGAAGCAAUCCCUACGACCCAGGCUGACUCGGGGAAGUCCCUUCUUAAAACUCUCCCUUUGAAGCAUGCAGCACGCCGAGCACUGUACAAUUCGGAUAACUGGAUAGUCCAUCUGUGCUCGGGGCCUAAGAAACAAUCCGAUCCUCUGGUAGCUUGGUGUGACUCCCGAGGCUUUCCAGCGUUACAGGUAGAUCUGCAGCAAUCUGGUGGAAAGGGCUGGGACUUACUUCGACGAUCGGGUGUUUGGAAUGUGCUGCUUUGGGCUGCCUCUCAAGGAAAAAUUGCGGGAGUGAUGUCAUCUCCACCGGAACACGAUUCCCACCGGUCCCUGCACCUUCAUGCCCAGGCCAUGUUCGUGUGGUCCCUGGCUUCCACGGUUAAGGGGUUCGGGAUCCCGUAUGUUGCCGAACACCUAGGCCUUCCUGAGGAGGUGAAGGGUGUGUUCGCAAGGUGGUCGGGCAUUAAAGAUGUGUCCUUGUUCCAAGGUGCCCUAGGUGAUGAUUACUGCAGGCCCACCACCCUUGCAACCAAUCUGGAUGUCUCCUACUUAGCUUCGUUCCCACCGCGGGGAAACACUGCGAGUCCACCAGGUGGCCGUCAGUGGUCACAUGCACUCCGUAGAGAGAUUGCCAAGGCUCUCUCCGGAAAGCCUUCAACCCCUUCGUGUGAACAGCUUGAUGAGGUGAUUACUAGGGGGUUGAGUUCAUUGAAGACCUCUGCAGCGUCUUCGAACAUUGCAAUGCCUUCCCUUACGGAGGUGGGUGAUGCUGAUGGCGUCAGUGAUGAAGACCCCUGUGGUGAAGAUGAAAAUGAGGCACUCUUAAGGGCCUUUGAGGCAGAGAGUGUUAUUGAAACGGACGAAGAAGAUGACCUCCUUCCUCCCGACCUCAUGAGUAGUGGCAAUCCGGUAAAAGGGGAUAAGAACGUAAGUUCAGCACCGGGGAAAGUGGUUCCUGAUGAUACCGAACCAGUCACCUGUGAGGACAACCCUAAGGCCGGCCCCGAUGAGCACGGGAGUGGUUCUAAGGAUGAGCCCGGAGAACUCUCUCACCCUAAGUUGUCGGCAUCAGAGGUGGAGAAGUGGCGUGUCCACCUCUCCAACGGACAUGUACCUUAUAGGAGAGAUUGUCGGCAAUGCAUUGAGGGCGCGGGACUGAGCCACAUCCAUCGCCGUGUAAAAUAUCCGAGAUCGUUCUCGUUGUCAGUUGACCUCUUUGGUCCAGUGCCUCUGCCGGAGGCCGGCAGGGAUGAGGGAUGCAUCACGGGCAAGAGUUUCCUCCGCUACGGUCUUGUAGGCGCCUUCAGGGUACCGCGCAGCCUCAUUAAGACGCCGCCUGACAAGGAUGGGAUUAAGGACUUGUUUCGCCAGCUUGACCCUGCGCUAGAGGAAGAACUGGCGGAAUACGAGCCGUCUGAGACUUCACAGGAUGGUCUGGGUAACCUUGAUCAGGAGCUCGGAAGUCGCUCUGCUGAGCCCCCUUCCCACGUGCCUGUCGCAUCUGUGCUCCAGGAAUCCCAGGCUGGCGCUGAGGCUAGCCGUUCCGAAGGGGAUCAGUCCCUGUUGAAAGGAGGUAUUUUGCGCAGGAUGAGGUUGCUUUGGGGAAGCUGA